AUGGAUGAUAAAAGCGUUCAGAAAAGCGAAAAAAGUUGUGAAAACUCGACGACAACAUCACUGAAGAGGAAAUAUAAGGACAGAACGCGUGACGCGAAUGGAAAGCCAUCACUCGACUCACAUCCAGUGCCCGAAGACAUCACAUCCAGUGAUGACAACAAACACAGUGUCCGACAACUCAUACAAACAGAGGACACAAGAAGUGAACCAAAGAAGACAUUGAAUGGCAAUAAAUUGAUGAUAACAACAAAAGAGAGACAUAAAAAACAAAAUAAGACAGAAAGUGAUGAAUCGGAGGAUAAUUCAGAUCACAAUUGGGAACAGACUUUAAGUGAUGAAGAAAUGGAUGACAAAAAUGGGAAGAAAAAGAGAAAAUAUGUUAAGAAAAGCGAAAAAAGUGGUGAAAACCUGAAGACAACGACAACAACACUGAAGAAGAAAUAUAAAGAGAAGAGAUUUGUUUCCGCAGAUGGGAAGCGCUUUCGACCGAAACCUUUUAUUUGUGAAUACAUUGGAUGUGAGAAACGGGUCGUCGAUUACGAACAACUUUUGGCACACAUUCGGGUCAGACAUACAAUGGAGCGGCCGUUCGGGUGUGACGUCUGCCACAAGACAUACCCUAUUGAGCGAUACCUACGGAUCCACCAGAAAAUGCAUACGGAAGACAACCGACAGUUCCGGUGCUCAUGGGUUGGCUGUGACUCCGCUUUUCGCACAAAACAGUUUCUUCGCGAUCACUUCCGAACACAUGAACAGCUCCGGCAAUACGCGUGCGAUGAAUGUGACCAACGAUUUAACACGAGUAGGAAUCUUCAGGCCCACAAAAACGGUCGGCACUCGACUGCCCGGCCGUACACUUGUGAUUGGCCCGCGUGUGAGGCCACCUAUAAGGACACAACAAUGCUUAAGCGCCAUAAAGAGACACAUCUGGGAGUCAGACAGUAUGUGUGCGAUAGAGAGGGUUGUGGUAAAGGGUUUGUCACUAAUCAUGGAUUAUAUCAACACAAACGCCAACACUUGAGGCCAUUUGCGUGCAGUUGGCCCGCAUGUGAACACCGUUUCGGCAGCAAUGAUAAGCUCGUGGACCACAUGAACUCACAUCAGGGCCUACGAGUGGUCGAGUGUCCGGUCGAGGGUUGCGAUAAGACAUUCACAUCCAAACCCUGUGCGCGACAACACUUAAGACAAGUCCACAAAUAUAAAACCACUGAAGAGGAAAUAUAA